UGACGCUGCGCGUUACUUGUGUCUCCAUUCCCACCUCUCGUAGAAGCAAAGCUCGACAGUAGCUACCACACCACUUGACUUCACCAUGGCACUCGCCGGCAUCACCAACCAGGACUUGCUCGACGCACAGGUUGAGCUAUGGCACAGCACCUUCGCCUACAUCAAAUCCAUGGCACUCAAGUCCGCCUUGGACCUUGGCCUCGCCGACGCCAUCUACCACCACGGCGGCAGCGCCACGCUGCCGCAGAUAGUUGACAGGGUCACGCUCCACCCGUCCAAGACCCUCCACCUGCGUCGCCUCAUGCGCGUGCUCGCCACCACGGGCGUGUUCAGCGUCCAGCACCCAUCGCCGUUGGGUGACGACAGCAGCAGUGCCAGUGACAGUGAGCCUGUCUACAAGCUCACAGCAGUGUCCGCCCUCCUGGUCGGCCCGCGCCGCAGCCACGUCCCGCUCGCCGCCUUUGUCGUCGACCCGGCCCUCGUCACGCCCUUCUUCGAGCUCGGCAAAUGGCUCCAGCGCGAGCUUCCCGGCCCGUGCAUCUUCGAGCACGCGCACGGCCAGACCAUCUGGGAGCACGCCAACGGUGACGCGGCCUUCAACGCGCUCCUCAACGACGGGAUGCUCUCGGACAGCCACUUCAUCAUGGACAUCGCCAGCAAGGAGUGCGCGCACGUCUUCCAGGGGAUAAGCUCCCUGGUCGACGUCGGCGGAGGUCUCGGCGCGGCCGCGCAGGCCAUCUCGCUGGCGUUCCCGGGCGUCAAGUGCAGCGUGCUAGACCUCGACCACGUCGUUGCCAAGGCUCCCAGUGACACUCAAGUGAGCUACAUCGGCGGCGACAUGUUCGAGUCUGUACCGCCGGCAGAUGCCAUGUUCCUCAAGUGGGUUCUGCAUGACUGGGGCCACGAGGAGUGCGUGAAGAUACUGAGGAACUGCAGGAAGGCCAUCCCUCCGAGGGAAGGAGGAGGGAAGGUGAUAAUCAUCGACAUGGUGGUCGGGGCUGGGCCGGCGGACCCGAGGCACAGGGAGAUGCAGGCCCUGUUCGACCUCUACAUCAUGGUCGUCAACGGCAUGGAGCGGGACGAGCAGGAGUGGAAGCGGAUCUUCGUCGAGGCCGGGUUCACCGACUACAGAGUCACGCCGGUCCUCGGCGUCCGCUCCAUCAUCGAGGUGUACCCUUGAACGAACGAACGAACGAACGUCGUCUGGUGCCAUGUGUGUGUGUUUUUGUGGGGGGGUCAUCCUCUAUUUUCUUUUUUGGUUUGUUUCUGCAUUCUGAAGACACGGACAGUGCUCUCUGCUCACGGCACAUGCUGAUGCUGUUCUUGGUUUUUAUCUCCCACCAUUGUCUGCCGGUACCCCCUCCUCCGGAUUAGGUUACCCUUGAUAAGGAAGGAUAUACUCCUUAUUUAAUGGCCAAAUGAACAUCUCUAGUUCUUAAAGGCAACUUGAGCCUUCAAAAGGCAAGGUUACCUACAA